AUGCCAUCGUCAAACCGGGGGUGGCAGAGCGCGUGGUUCUACCUCCAGAAUGACGGUGGUCUUCUGCCGAAGUACACCGGAAAGAUGGUGACAGAGGCCCCCCAGAAGUGGGUGUGGGGUGCUCCGUCCGAAGAUCAGAAGAGGCUUGCCCCGCUUCUUGCGGGGCUUCAGAAGCUACGAGAGGCCCGAGUCACUGCGGCCACGGUGGCAAUAGCGUUCCAUAAGAGGAGCCUGCUUCCGCUGGCGCAGCGCCGGGUGCCCAUGUUCGAGAUGACCCGGGACGUCCCUUGGGCAGGGACGAGGAUGUUAGCCGAGCCGAUAUCGGCCUCGGACAUCACCGCCCGGGUCGAGAAGACGACGCACCCGGAGAUGAAGAAUUCUCGGGUGGUCCCGAUGCGCCCUGAAAAGGGCUACAUUUCCUUGGGGAUCGGGGCCGUCAAGGACUCCCUGCCCCCUGUCCCGGAGGACAAAGAGAUCCGGGCCCGGAACGAGGAGCAAAAGAAGGUCAAGGAAGGGAAGAAAGCUAAGGUGGCGCGAAGGGCGGAGAGACGGGAGGUCGCCUCCAAGAACCGCCGUGAAGCCGAGAAGGCAGGGGUCGCCCCGCCUCCGUCUCCUGAGACUUCAGUCUCGGAGAUAGAGGGUGGGGGCGGCGAUGCACCGGGGGGCGGGCAGCCCGUCCCCCACAUUGUUGUGGACGACGAGGACCGCGCCCCUCGUGAAGAUUCGGCCCCCGUGGGCCUCCAAGAGGGGGAGAAGGCGUCAGAGGCCGAGCCCAAGGAGGCCCCUCAGUCGGUAGCGCCGGAGGGUCCGGCCGAGCCCACCCCAACGUCCGGGACGGGAGCUGGUGCCCCCGUGGAGGUGUCGCAGGCCGAGGCCGUCAUGGCGCCCCCUGCGCCAUCGGCGGGCGAGGCGGGGGUCCGGCCGUCGGCCCCAGGCGCCGCGGGAGACCCCCAAGGAGCCCCGGGCUCCUAUAAGAAAUCUGCUCCCCGGGCGAGCCGUAAGCAAAAAGCGCCUUCGUUGGCAUUGGCCCCUCUGAAGGCCGUGACGAGGGCGGCUCAGUCUACUCCCGGGUCGGCUAGGCCUGCGUCGCCGCCGCCUCCAGGCUACGAGGAGGCAGGGCGCCACCAGGGGCAAGACACGGGGGCGCCAAAGCCCCAAGGAUCGGAGGACGCUGACCUCGGGGGUGCGGCCCGGCCUGCGUGCGCUGAGGCAAGCCGAGCCAUCGUGGCGUCCAGCGUGGCGCCCGAGGCCCCCGCGGCGGGAAGGGAGGAGGAAGCUGGAUGGGGCAAGAGCCCCGGUCUAGAUGCGUGUGGGCGCGUCGGGGUCGAGGCCCUUAACCGAGCUACCCAGCUCGUGGGUCGCGACAUGUUUAAUUUGGCUCAGGCGCUCAAGGCCACCUCCCAGGAGAAGUCGACCGACCUGGUCGGGGCUCUGAGCCAGUUGUCCCGCUGGCAUCAGAGCUCGGCGGAGUACGAGAAGCGCGCCAAGGUCUGUGAGGGCUACGUUCUCCCGGAUGAUGAGACUGAGGCCCAGGAGGAGGUGCAGAGGCUUGAGGAUGCCGUGGCUGCCCCCGGAGAUGCCUUGGCCACCUUCUUCGAUGACGAGAUAUUUGUGUAA